AUGGACAAAGUCGUCGAACCUGAUGAAAAACCAAGGAUUUCUGUGCCGUUGAUACCAGCUGGACUGAGUAACGGUGCUGCGGUUCCAACAACUUCUACCACUGAAGACUUUGUACCGAGAGCAGUGUUACCCACCACAGCAACAAUCGGCACAACUUCAGCAGCAACCACACCGACGAUACAACUCGAUGAAAAUCCAUUAACUGCUUCCGGUGUCUCUUUGGCUCCGAAUUUUGACGCAUCUUCAAAAGAGGGUCACCAGGGCCAGAUUCCUACGAUUCUCAAUGAACACACUGACUUUCCCGAUGACCAUCAUCAAGCACACCCAGUCUCACCUCUUAUAAAGCAAGACUCUAUAUCUUUUUUACCACCAGCUAAUGGAGUGUCUCCCAACGUGGUGCACGAUAAACCACGAUUCAACUUAGCCAGUAACGCAAUGAACGCACAAAGGUCAAGUAUCUACGCAUCUAAAUCUACAGUGACGGCAAUUCCGAUUCGGAAUCCGAAAAGCCACAGAUUAGUGGAUGAAGAAGAAGGAAGGUCUUCCAGGAGCCGAUCCUCCUCAAUUACGACCUCACUCUCCAAGAGCUUUCUGUUUGGGUUCUACCAUGAUAAAAAGAAGGGAGGGAAGCAACCAUCCAAUUAUUUGAUUUCCAAAGAGUAUUGGAUGAAAGAUGAGAGUGCAAAGGAAUGUUUUGCCUGCGGGAAAGCGUUCAACACAUUUAGAAGGAAACAUCACUGUAGAAUAUGUGGGCAGAUCUUUUGUCAUUCAUGCACUUUGAUCAUCGACGGUUCCAAAUUUGGUUACAUGGAAAAGAUGAGAGUAUGCUACCAUUGUUUUGAACACGCUGAUACCUGGCAGGACUCCAGUGAUGAGGAGGACACUGAAGAUGAAUUAGACGUUCAUGCGCACGAACAUUUAAAUGAAGAUAUUGGCCAUACGUGGGAAGAGCGAACUCAAGACGGCAAUACCAAUUCAUUGGACGACACACAUAGCAUUUUAGAACAAAAUGAUAACCAUGAAAUACCAAAUUCGAUUCUGCCCGCUGAUCAAUUUACUUCGAAGUCUAUUUCUAAUAAAUCUCUUUUUGAAAGGACUUUGAUCGCGAAAAGGCAAAGAGAGUUCAUUCUACUGAAUAAAGAUGAUGCGCAAAGCAUUAUGACGUCGGGUGAAGACUCAAAAUUAUUUGUCUCCACACCGUCACCACCACCAAAAAUGGCAAUUCCUGCAACCAGACAGGGUGAAUCCCUUGAAAUUUCUUUUACAGCCAACGAUCUCGAUAGGCCCCGCUUAAAGGACGGUAAUAUUGAUUCUUAUUCCUCUCACCUUUCAAAACCAACUCAAAGUAAUGAAAGAUAUAGCAUUAGAGAUGUCGAUAUGAUCCCAGCUAACUACCUGCACCGUCAAAAUCGCCAUCGCAAGACGACAUCCUCCCACUCUCCGGCACCAGAUUCCAAUUAUCAAAGAAGAAGCAUGAAUUCAUUGAAAAGAUCUAUAUUUAACUAUGUCGGCAACAAAACCCAAAGUUCUUCAGAAAGGUCACGUGGACUGAAUGAUGAGUCUGCAUCGGCUAUUCCCCUCCGAAAGUCAACUCCCCUUUCAGCAGGUCAAGAAAGUGGCGAUUCUUAUAUGGAUCAGUCCGAUCGUGUUAUAGGAAACUUUACUAACAAAAACUUCAAGUUUCAGUUCAACUUUUCUAAAGAAAAUGGGCACAAAAAAAUAGAACGCACUAGUUCUCUUCCUAAACACCCACUAGAUAGUUCAGAAAAUGAGGAAGUGGGUAACGAUCAGGACAGCCUGGAAGACGAAGGAACCAUGUCGAUAUACUCUUCUUUAAACGACGCUUCGAAGUCUACAAACCCCAUAAGAUCGACGAGGAACUCUUCCAAAUCGUUCCAACGAGCCCAGGCAUCCCUACAGCGCAUCAAAACAAGGCGUAAGAGUAGAAGUAAGGCAGGAACAAGCUCCUUGUACAAAGAUAUAACCAAAUUGACCCAUAGUACUCCAAAUCUUUUGUCUGUUGUUACCGAUAAUGGCGACAAUUCCAAUGACUAUACCCUUAGCGGUAUCGAGCCAUUGACAGGGGAUAAUGUUGCCGUUUCCGAUAGUCCUUCUUCUAGUAAAACCAAUCCCGUACAAAAACUCACCCCCGAUCCUCAUCAGUCACCAACGAAAAAUUUGACAAUGAAAUACUCAACUACCCAAUUUGGGUCGGACCAGUGGAGAAGACUGUCGAGCACCUUCAGUACGAGACAGCUGCGUACAGAAAGUUUUAAUAAUGGUAAGAAGAACGAAUUAAGUGACGUGGCUAUAUUACAUUUGGAAGCUCUUCUACAUCAAGUUCUAGAUGAUCAAAAUAUUGGUGCUAUGGAAGCAUGGACCCACUUCUUGAAAACUAUAACCCUGGCUAGAUUACAGAAUAUUGAAUUAAGUGCCAGGGAUUCAAACACGCUGGACUAUAGACAGAAAUAUGUUAAAAUCAAGAGGAUCCCUGGUGGUCGAGUUGAGCAGUCUGAAUAUAUUCACGGUAUAGUUUUCUCAAAGGCUCUCCCGAGCAAGAGUAUGCCCAGACAUAUUGACAAUCCGCGAAUUUUACUCGUUAUGUUCCCUUUAGAAUACGAAAAGAACGGUAAGCACUUUUUAAGUAUAGAAAGUGUUUUUGCUCAAGAAAAAGAAUAUCUGAACAAGUUAAUAUCGAGAUUGACUUCGCUCAACCCAGAUAUUGUUUACGUGGGCGCAAAUGUUAGUGGUUAUGCUCUGGAACUGUUGAUUAAUGCUAACAUUGUAGUACAGUAUAACCUGAAACCACAAGUUAUUGAAAGAAUUGCUAGGCUCACUGAGGCAGAUAUUGUGGUGUCCAUCGAUAAUUUAACUGCAAAUGUAAAAAUGGGAGAAUGUGAGUCCUUUUCUGUCAAAACAUUUGUAUAUGGGAACCUUAGCAAAACAUUCACUUACCUACGUGGCUGCGAUCCAAAACUAGGUGGGAGUAUCUUGCUUCGUGGGGACACAGCUGAAAAUCUGGAAAAGAUUAAGCACGUAACGGAAUUUAUUGUCUACGUUGUGUUUUCGCUUAAAUUAGAAAGUUCAUUUUUUAACGAUAACUUCAUUCAAAUCUCCAUGCCAUUUUAUUUAGAAAGGCAAGCGAACAUGGCACAGUUGCAAUGCACGGGGUACUUCUCAGACUUUUUGGAAAAAUUCAACAACAGAAUUUUAACUGUCUCUCCGACCGUUGAGUUCCAAAUACCAUUCCUUUUGAAAAAAGCCAGAGAAUUGGAAGAGAUAAUACUUCGCAACGAAGAACAAAAUAAGACGCUGAAAGAUGAGGAUAUAUCAAUUGAUAAUCUGGAGGUAAAAGAUCUGCAUAUCGAGUCGACAAUUACUUUCAAAGAUAUGAAGUACAUUACGAAAUUCAUUCGCCAAAGGAAUAUAGAGGAGUUGAGAAAGGAAUUUAUUAGAAGGAGUAGGCAAUGGGAGGUGCUUUACGCCUCAACCCAUAAUAUGCUCGGAACAGGCUCUCAUCAGUCUAUCAAUGUGCUAUAUUCAAUGGUGUCUACCAAAACUGCGACGCCUUGUAUCGGACCUCAAGUUGUAGCAAUUGACUACUUCUGGGAUACUGAUAUUUCGAUUGGCCAACUAAUAGAAAAUAUUGUCUCAGCCGCUUGGUAUCCUUGUCAUCAAGGGUGUAAAGGAAAUUUGUUUGAUCACUAUCGGAGUUACGUACACGGCUCUGGUAAAGUAGACAUUUUGACUGAAAAAUUCCAGACAAAGCUCCCAAAACUUAAAAACAUAAUUUUAACAUGGAGUUAUUGCAAACAAUGUGGUACAUCUACUCCUAUUCUCCAAAUAAGUGAGAAAACUUGGAACUACUCCUUUGGGAAGUACCUAGAAAUCAUGUUCUGGAGCAAGCAAGGAAGCCUUUCUGAUAUUGGUAACUGUGUGCACGACUUUACAAAAGAUCAUGUGAAGUAUUUCGGAUACAACGACUUGGUAAUCAGAAUGGAAUAUUCUGAGUUGGAAGUUCAUGAGUUGAUGACACCCCCAACUAAAUUGAAAUGGCAACCUAGUGUUGACAUUAAAUUCAAAGUUGAAAACUACUAUGGAAUUCUAGACAAAAUUAACAGGUUCUAUGAUAGUAUUGUUGAUCGGUUAGACCGUGUUAAGAUUGAUAGCAUAAUCACCGCAAAACAGCUAUCAGCUAAAAUUAAAAUUGAUCAACUGAAAGAGCUGGUGUACACAGAGAAAAGAGCUUUAUGCACUGAGCUGGAAAAAGUAUAUCAGGACUAUCCCGGCGAUCAGCACUUGCAAAUGAACGUCGUUAUUAGAAAGGUAUAUGAUAAAGCAGUGAGCUGGGAUUCGGAAUUUGAUACCUUUGAGAGACAAUACUUACCCUCAGAGACAGAUAUUACACGAAUCACUUCAAGUCAAUUAAGAAAAUUAUUCAAGGAUACGGACAAAGAACAGGAGAAAAAGGUUCACUCCUUGGAUAGAGAAAAGUUGUCAAAGUCAAACGAUGUUUCUGGAAUAGACAGUAACAAUGGCUCUGGGUCCAAACACCAGGAUGAUGGUUCUCGUCAGUGCUCAAUACGAAAAGAUGGCUCUCUUCAAAAACUUGAAUUAGCAUCUUCCCUAAAAUCUUCGAAUUCUUUGGCUGCAUCAAAGCUUUCAACAUUCAAGGUCCCUACCAAAGAGAACAUACCUCAUCAAGAUACUACCGUUAAUCAAAACGAAGGAGACAAUGCGUCUGGCAUCCGAACGGUUAUACACCCACGCAACACUCAACUAGAUUCGAGGCGAUCAAGUUCUGACCAUGACUCCACAUUGACGGUUGGAAGAGGUCAACGUGACUCGAGAGUUUCUCAACUUGCUAACUUUUUCGAUAAAAUACACUUUGACGCUAUAUCCAAAGAAUUUGAAUUGCAAAGAGAGUUUGAAAGGCUACGUCUGAACAAGGGAAACGUUCAGAGUUACAAAGUUCAAACGUCAACACCGAUUGUAGAAAUUUAUAGAGAUGUUAAAGAUGCGGUAGACGAACCUCUCCAUGAUCCUGCAAAACAGGCCAAAAAUCCUAGGGAAUCUACUAGAACCUUGGACGAAUUUGAGUUGGGUAAAUUUAAUGAUCAAAAGCUAAAAUCUGGCGAAGAAAGACAAAUUGGUACUGGUUUCAUGAAUCCAGAAGAGUUUAUUGACAGAAGAAGGAAUGGAAACAAUAAAUCUUCUAUUGGUAAGGAGGUUAAUAAAAACUUAGAAAGCGAACUAGAAAAUUCUAUAAACAGCUGGGGUGAAAGGGUUUUAAAUAGUCACCGGCAGGGCGAAGAAGAUAAUGAUCUGAAAAUUGACUCUAAAAGUAAUAGAUCUGCAAGUUCUGGCACGUUGAAAAAGCAGCAACUAAGUAAGCCGACAAAGGCUAUUGAUAAGGAUGAAGAUGACACACAACCUGAUAAAUCAUUGCUGAUGAAGGCAUUGGCUAAUUUUUGGGCGGACAGGUCAGGAUAUCUUUGGAAACCUUUGGUAUAUCCAACACUACCAUCAGAACAUGUAUUUGCUGACAACGAUGUUAUCAUUAGGGAUGAUGAACCGAGCUCUUUGAUUGCAUUUUGUUUAAAUAUGCCGGAUUAUAAGCAAAAAAUGGUUGAUAUGGGAUCAAUAAUAGCCCAAAGUAUGAACUCUUCUACUCGCAGAAACCCUUCGCAAUCGGUCUCAGGGGGUGACCAGGAAACAAACACUACAUUAGAGACUGAUGGGGGGUUGCCAGGCUCAUUGCCAAACCCAGUAUUACCCAGAGAUCAAACGCAAUCCACAUUACCAAUAUCUCUUGACACGCCAGAGGUGCUUGAAGCCACCAUGACGAAGAAAACCGCUGUCCACUUACGAUACCAAUUUCAGGAUAAUAUGACUGUGAUGUCAUGCAAAAUUUUUUUUACCGAGCAUUUUGAAGCAUUCAGAAAAGUGUGCAAUGCUGGUGAUAAAUACGUCCAAAGUUUAUCGAGAUGCGUUAAAUGGGACUCGUCUGGGGGUAAAAGUGGUAGCAGUUUCCUGAAAACCUUGGACGAUAGAUUUGUUAUUAAGGAGUUGUCACAUUCUGAGUUAGAUGCCUUUAUCAAGUUUGCGCCUUCUUACUUCGAAUAUAUGACACAGGUCAUGUUUCAUGAAUUACCUACUGCGUUGGCUAAAGUUUUCGGUUUUUAUCAAAUUCAGAUUAAAAAUCCGAACACGGCUAAAAGUUUUAAGCUUGACGUGAUUAUCAUGGAAAAUUUAUUCUACAAUAAGAAACCUACCAGAAUUUUCGAUUUGAAGGGAUCCAUGCGAAACAGGCAUGUUGAGCAAACAGGUAAAAAGAAUGAAGUCCUACUUGAUGAAAACAUGGUCGAGUAUAUUUAUGAAUCACCGAUCCAUGUAAGAGAGUAUGAUAAGAAGUUGCUGCGGGCGUCUUUAUGGAACGACACAUUAUUUUUGGCCAAAAUGAACGUUAUGGAUUACUCUCUUGUCGUGGGCAUAGAUAAUGAAAAUUUCUUAUUGACGGUGGGGAUCAUUGAUUUUAUUCGAACAUUCACAUGGGAUAAGAAACUUGAGAGUUGGGUCAAGGAAAAAGGUCUGGUUGGUGGUGGAGGUAACGGCGGAGUUAUUAAACAACCCACAGUGGUUACUCCAAGACAGUAUAAAAAUAGGUUCAGAGAGGCGAUGGAAAGAUACAUAUUGAUGGUUCCUGACCCAUGGUAUCAAGAAAAUACGUAG